AUGAGUCAGUACAGCUACAGUAGCAGUGUUACCUUCACUCCUUUUAUUGUGGGUGCCUCUGACACAGGCAGCUACACAUGUGGCCCCUGCUCUGGCUACGACAGGAGCCGCUCCAUCAGUAUCACUGUAGUGGACCUGGUGCAGCCCAACAUCUCUCUCAGUGCCCCAGUUGGAGGGCUGUUCUGGGGGCCUCAGGGGCCAGAGGUGACCAGGGGCCACAGCCUCUCCCUCAUCUGCUCUACUGAGCCACAGCACCAAGGAGGCUUCUUCCACCUCAUCUUUGAUGGGUCUAACAGCACCAGGACUCAGCUCGCCAUCAACCACUCAGCCUCCUUCUACAUUCCUGAGGCAGACUACUCCCACCAGGGCAACUACAGCUGUGUCUAUGAGGUCACUGUGUCCAGCCGCACCUUCAAGUCAACACAGACAGCACCACUGACCGUCAUCGUAAGAGGUUCUGCGAAUGCAUACGGAUUUUGUCAUGGACCACGUGGGUCACCUGAUGAAGAUGAGAACAUCUGUGCGAACACAGUCAUGCCUGCUGACAAGAGGGAUUGUGGUAAAGAGGCUGAUGGAGAUCUGGAAGAAGACUACUAUGCGAAUGUAGAAGAGCUGCAUGGCCCAACUGCUACAGACAAUGACUAUGAAGAUGACGACAUCUAUCAAAACUAUUUAUGAGACUUUUGCGGUAUGUUUGGUCCAGUGAAUGACCUCAUCCAAUGCGUUUCUGAUAUUGAAACUUGAUAUUAAAACCUCUUAAAACGUAAUGAUAAUGUAACAAAGAUUCUAUUCGUAGGCCCUAAGCUCUUGAGACAUCAGUUUUAUUCCUUGCUAACUCCCCUGUUUAUAAAACCAUGUGAGAAUGUCAGACAUUUAGGCUUGAUCUUAGAUGCUGAUCUUAAGAAGCACAUAUCUAAUAUUUCCAAGACUGCCUUUUAUCAUCUUAGAAAUACAUCUAAGGUUAGAUGCGUUUUAAAGCAAUACUAAAGCAUUUUGUACCUUAAAAUAAUGUUUCCAAAAUCAUUUCAGUGGUGAACGGUGACCGGCACCUCUGCAUUUGCUUUGCUGCCCUCUAUUGGCUAUGUAACAGAACUGAGACAUAAUAAACUACAAAUUUGACCUGCUUUGAUGUCGCAAUGCAUCAUACUUUCCUGAAAUCAUGCAACAUACUCUACCUUGUCUGUGGACGUUAUUAUUUGCAAAGCAGUGCUGGAUAAACAAAUAGUGUGCGUGCAACAGGAAAAGUGCGUCAGUGUUGCUUUAACUCAAACAGACUCUGAAAAGCGGGUUUAUGCUUUUACUGUACUGUAUCUAGUCGAUUAGACUAUUAUAAGACAUUGAUAGGCAUAGCCUCCUACAUAUCUGACAUGGCCAUUGCAUAUACACCAGUCAGAUCCCUAUCCUCACAGCGGUUUUAAAGCUAUUUUGUAAUUAUAUUGUAUUUUUUAUUCUUAUUAUUAUUUUUUGUAUUCACUUUUAUUCAGUUAAUAUUCUAUGUAUUUUAUUUUCCAUCUUUAUGUUUAUCUAUUUUAUCUUUGUUAAUUGGUCAUGUCAUGUUUGUUGUGUUAUUCUCUUUCGGUCGGAGCACGUUGAGUUUGUGCUUGUUACAUGAAAUGUGCUAUAUAAAUAUAUAUAUUUUUAAUUUGAUCUUAGAAU